AAUCUUGCCCAAAGCCUGACCCCCCGGCUCACGGUCGCAGACUGGGCCGGGUGUUUGAGGUGGGACAUGAGGUACACUUCCUGUGUAAGCCUGGCUAUGAGCUAAUUGGUCCACGAACACGUGUAUGUCUGGACACUUUGAAGUGGAGCGGUCAGCAGCCCAUGUGCAGAUACCUGAAUGUCACCACCAGCUCCUUGGCUUCACUUUCAUCACCUGCUUUGUCCUUCACCAUUUCUGCUGCCUCAUCUUCCUCUUCCUCAGCAACGUCACCUUCUCUACUAUCACCUCCAACAUCUUCCUCUCCUUCCUCCUCCAUCCGACCCUCCAACUGUACACAUUUUCUGGGCUCAACACACUGCACCUGUGACGUUGGUUUCACCAUAUCAGGACGCGACAACCAAAUCUGCACAG